AUGCAACGGAUAGUUGUUUGGCCGGAUAACGGAUACCGGAUAUCCGGCGAGCUUCAAGGCCGGAUAGCCGAAUAUCCGGCGGCCGAAUAUCCGGCCCAACGUCUAGCGCCUGUUGUGAGGAUUCGAGCGUCGCGCAGGCGCAGCGGUAGUUCAUCGGGGUCUCCAAUACCUAUUAAAAGAUUUAGAAAAACUAAUUCAAAUGUAACUUGCGAAUCUCACGACACAUUUUGGAAUUGUUUUGAUGAAGUAGCAAAUGAAAACAAUAGUCAAUGUCGCGAUGGGUUUUUUUUCCACCCAAUUGCAAACGAGAUCGACUACUAUUUGAAGACAGUUCGAAUUGAUCGCAGCCGCGACCUUUACACUUGGUGGUCAGUUAACUCGAAACACUAUCCAUAUUUAACCAAGUUUGCCAAAGUGUACCUUUCAGCUUCUUGCAGCAGUGUUUAUAGCGAGAGACUGUUUUCCGAAGCUGGCUUGGUGUACGAAAACAAGCGAAAUCGACUGUUGCCUGCAAACUCUUAA